AUGAUUCCGUCAACCGAAACAGCGAGACGAAACGGAAUUUCCAAGACUAGACGCCGGCUUGAAAAGGAGGAAGAUGAUAUUAUUGAGAUUCCAAGUGAUGUCAUUCUGGUUGACGAGAGAGGAGGUAGAGUCCAAGUAUCGAUCAAUGGGGAUAAACCACUUCAGUUUGAAAGAACAGCAAAAUUUAAGAAUGGCGAUAUCAUCAAAGUGGCAUUGAGAUAUGAAGACCUCCACCGCUGGUGCUAUACAUGUAAGAUGAUUUCCCAUGAAGAGGGUACUUGCCCAGAAUUAACAGAGGAUCAACGGGAAAGAAACAGGAAAGCCAGGAUUGAACAAAAGGAAAGGGAGGAACUUACGGCAAGAGAGAUGUUCCCAUUAAAACCUGGUUUUGAAGCUAGUGGGAGUUUCCCUCGUAAGAUUACUAAAACCACUCUUACCAACCCGAGGAAGGAAAUGGAGAAUACGCCUGGUGAAAACAGAACCUCGUACAAUGGAAAAAGAGACUUGAGGGACGACCUUCAGGAAAGACGGGAAGACCGAAGUAAAGAGGUGUGGUCUAGAAUUGACCCACAUGUCAAUGAACGCAUUCCCCGACAUCAGGAGAGAUUUCACCCAUACUCAAGAGGUUACCAUGAACAGAACUUCAAUCAACAUAAUUACUCUGCUAAACCCAGAGUAGAAUGGCGACCCACCCGGAGUGGCGAAAGAAAUGUAGAGAAGGGUUUAGACCACAAUAACAAGAGGAAGGAAGCAAGCCACGGGAUAUGA